AUGCGUGUGGAUCGUUCCGGUGAACGCGCUGUUCGUCGCUGUGGCAAGGCCUCCUCAUACCAAAACAAUCCUCUGGACAUUUCUCAUCCCGCUUUACCAGACAUUGAUUUAUUCAACUUCGUUGGUUAUGAGCCCGAUGGACGUGUGGAGCGUUGGCAACACACAGUCGUUGGUCGUGAAGGAGAGCUUGGUGCUAUACAAGGAGAGUCUCUUAGCCUGAAACAUGAUCUGCUUCUCAUUCGUGAUUCUGAAGACAACGCAACGCCUAUACUAUACACAGUGUCAGUCAAUAGUUCUCUCCUUGGUCCCAAUGCUGACAGCUAUGAACAUCGUUACUUGGAUGUUCGUCGUCAUGAACAAAACGCCGACUUCUUCAUACCAAAUAUAAGUGAUCUAUGCGACACUGUUGAAUCGUUGAAUGCUUCUAUACCGGAACAUUUAUCUCGCCUCGAACCUCUGAGGGAAUACAUACAGCCUCAUCGCGACCAGAAAUACGUGGCGGCAAUACAAAAUUUCAAGGUGAAAUACAACCGUCGUUACAUAGACAACUCUGAAGAAGCUGUAAGAACAGCGUUACUGAUGCAGCACAAGCGUUUUAUUUCAUCUGGUAACCGAGAGGGCGCCACCUUCGAGCUAGGAGUGAACUUCUUAGGAGACAGGCUGGACAACGAGCUGAAACAACUACGCGGAGUGAAGUUAGAAGAAGAAAGAACUCAAGCUGAGCUGUUCCCUCACUCAAGAAGCAUGCUGAGAAAGGAAAGCGCUAAACUACCUGAUAAUUUCGACUGGAGGGUUAAGGGUGGAGUGUCACCUGUUGGAUUCCAGGGUAAAUGUUCAUCGUGUUGGUCAUUCGCGGUUUCUGGUGCUGUGGAAGGAGCGUUAUUCGCAAGGACCGGCAAGCUCGUGCCACUCUCACAACAAUGCCUUGUGGAUUGUGCACAUCCAUUUGGGGGCAAAGGAUGCAAAGGCACAUGGCCGAGUCAUGCGUACGACUACGUGAAAAACCGUGGUCUGCCUGCCCUGGACGAAUACCCAUCAUAUAAAGCAAAGGUUGAACAAUGCGCGGAAAAAUCAGUUCGUCCGGUAACACGUAUUAGUGGACAUGUUAACGUUACCGCAAAUAGCCUUUCAGCUCUGAAGGUGGCUAUACGAGAUCACGCCCCGACCGUGGUCAUUGUUGAUGCGAAACUCAAGAGCUUCGUGUUCUACAAGCAUGGUGUCUUUUAUGACGACAGAUGCGGUAAGACGCGGCCUCGUUUGAACCACGCUGUGUUAGCCGUUGGUUGGGGAGACCAGAAUGAAGAGCACUUCAUCUUAAAGAACUCCUGGUCGGAGGCGUGGGGUGAACGAGGAUUCAUGAGAAUACACGCGAGGUCCAACACAUGCGGGGUCCUCACCAGACCCAGCUACCCUCGGCUUGAAGAUAGUGACGUUUUAUCACUACCUGGGCGCCCCACAGACAAGAAUGCCCGCAUAUAA